AUGGCUGCUGCGACUGUCAAUCUCCCCGCCAUCUGCCUCAACGUAGGGCCAAUGCUCAAUGGCAACCUCCAAUCUGAAAAGAUCGGCACAGGCACCAUCAUGUGGAAAGCGCGUGACCUCUACGGCGCUGGCAAGCUCGAUGCAGACGGCUACCUCGACAUGGUGUGCGCUGGCUCACCGUCGCCAGGUCACUGCAACACCAUGGGCACGGCGUCGACCAUGAACGCUCUCGCCGAGGCCCUCGGCAUGGCCCUGCCCGGCAGUGCCACUAUCCCCGCCGUGUAUCGCGAUCGGUCGCAGGCAGCUUACCGUACAGGUUUGCAGAUUGUCGAGAUGGUUGAGGCCGACCGACGCCCGUCCGACAUAAUGACGCGCGAGGCCUUUGAGAAUGCCAUUGCCGCCAAUACGGCCAUUGGCGGCAGCACCAACGCGCCCAUCCACCUCAACGCCGUUGCCAAGCACAUGGGCGUGCCGCUGCACCUCGACGACUGGGACCGCAUCGGCUACGAGCUCCCGCUGCUCGUGAAUGUUCAGCCGGCGGGCGAGAUGCUGUGCGAGGAGUACUACCGAGCUGGUGGCCUGCCAGCCGUGCUGGCCGAGCUCGUGGGCGCUGGCCGGCUGCCACACCCUGGAGCGCUGACAUGCAACGGCCGGACCAUUGGCGACAAUGUUGCGGCUCACGGCCCCUCGUGGGACAGGGCGACGAUCAAGGCGUUUGACGCACCGAUGAAGAAGAACGCCGGGUUCCUGCACCUCACUGGCAAUCUCUUCGACUCUGCCAUUAUGAAGACAUCAGUCAUCUCGGCCGGGUUCCGCAAGGAGUUCCUCGAGGACCCCAACGACCCCAACGCAUUCGAGAGCAAGGUGGCUGUCUUUGACGGACCCGAGGACUACGAGAAGCGCAUCGACAUUGCUGAUAUUGAUAAACGAACCAUCCUUGUUAUGCGCUACGUCGGACCUAAAGGAUACCCUGGCGCGGCCGAGGUUGUCAACAUGCAUGCGCCGCCGAGGUUGCUAAAGCAGGGCAUCCAGGACCUGCCAUGCAUCGGCGACGGACGACAGUCCGGUACCUCGGGCUCGCCGUCGAUCCUCAACGCGACACCCGAGGCGGCUGAUGGCGGCAAUCUGGCACUCCUCCAGGAUGGCGACAGGCUGCGUGUCGACCUCAACAAGCGUCGAGUUGAUAUGCUCAUCUCCGAUGACGAGCUGAAGGCGCGGCGGGGGGCGCACGAGGCCAAGGGCGGUUAUCAUGGUCCGCCAAGCCAGACGCCCUGGCAGGACAUCUUCCGCCGAGAGUCGGUGGUCUGA